AGGGCCUUGUCUAUUUGCAUAUCGCCGCGUGAUUGGCUGGAUUCCCACCCUACGCUCCUCCCCCGCAUCCCCCGGAUUUGGAAGGAGUGGGGCAGGCAGAUCCCUGUCUUCUGAGCAGAUAGAGUAGGAUGCCCACCCAGGGAGCGGUGGCCGCUGUCCCUCUCCCUUGGUGCGGGAGUGACGUCCCUCGCGCGUGUCACUGAGGGGGCAAGUCGAGGACGACCUAUGUCCCAGCUAGGGAACAUGCGUCCUUUGCUCCUGGUUUAGCAUAACGCAGUAGCAGCUCUGUGACCCUGGGCAAGUCACUUCCCCUCUUUGCCCCCAAGUCUCAACUGUAAAUUAAGGAUAAUAGUCUCCCUACCCGGCACGCUUGCUUGGAGGAUUAGGUGGGACGACCUCCAAAAUGAUCUGACCUUAGGAGGGCCGUGGGCAGCCCCUUGGUCAUGGACCCUACCAGCAUCUGCAGGAAAGCACGGCGGCUGGCAGGGCGGCAGGCGGAGUUAUGCCAGACCGAGCCGGAAGUGGUAGCAGAGUUAGCCCGGGGUGCCCGGCUUGGGGUUCGAGAGUGCCAGUUCCAGUUCCGCUUCCGCCGCUGGAACUGCUCCAGCCACAGCAAGGCCUUUGGGCGCAUCCUGCAGCAGGACAUUCGGGAGACCGCCUUCGUGUUUGCGAUUACGGCGGCGGGCGCCAGCCACGCGGUCACGCAGGCCUGUUCCAUGGGUGAGCUGCUGCAGUGUGGCUGCCAGGCACCCCGCGGGCGGGCCCUGCCCCGGCCCUCUGGCCUGCCUGGCACCCCCGGGCCCCCCGGCCUCACGGGCUCCCCGGACGGCAGCGCGUCCUGGGAGUGGGGAGGCUGCGGCGACGACGUGGAUUUCGGGGACGAGAAGUCGAGGCUCUUUAUGGAUGCGCAGCACAAGCGGGGACGUGGAGACAUCCGCGCGUUGGUGCAACUGCACAACAACGAGGCGGGCCGGCUGGCCGUGCGGAGCCAUACGCGCACCGAGUGCAAGUGCCACGGGCUGUCGGGCUCGUGCGCGCUGCGCACCUGCUGGCAGAAGCUGCCCCCGUUCCGCGAGGUGGGCGCGCGGUUGCUGGAGCGCUUCCACGGAGCCUCGCGCGUCAUGGGCACCAACGACGGCAAAGCCCUGCUGCCCGCUGUCCGCACGCUCAAGCCUCCUGGCCGCGCCGACCUUCUCUACGCCGCCGACUCGCCCGAUUUCUGCGCCCCCAACCGGCGCACCGGCUCUCCGGGCACGCGCGGCCGCGCCUGCAACAGCAGCGCUCCGGACCUCAGCGGCUGCGACCUGUUGUGCUGUGGCCGCGGGCACCGCCAGGAGAGCGUGCAGCUCGAGGAGAACUGCUUGUGUCGCUUCCACUGGUGCUGCGUUGUUCAGUGCCAUCGCUGCCGCGUGCGCAAGGAGCUCAGCCUCUGCCUCUGACCCUGGAACCGCCUGGCUCUCCAAACUGCGCAGAGCCCCCUCUCGGCACCUGCGGGACCUCUGGCCUCCAGCAGUGGGCGCUGCCCGGGCUCAGCUUCUCCCUGCGAAAGUUCAUCUCCCAGCCCUGUGGAAAAUGAGGCUGCGGGCUUGAGAUAUAUAUCCGCCCUCGAGGGCCGAGGGCGCGGACGGCCCCCGACAGGUGCUCUGCGAGUUUCUGGGGGAGACUAUACAGGCCCUUCCUCUCCUUGGCCCCCAGGUGGAAACCAAAAAACCAGUCUCCAGGCCUCUGGAUGCAGGGAUCCUCAUAACUGUUGGCCCUGGGAUGGGUGGGUGAAUUUAGUAUCAAUAAAAAUAUUUAAACCAA